GCACAACAACGCAGAGGUGCGACGCCUAUCGGUUCGGUCUUUGCACAACGCCUGUCAAUAAAGUUGAUGCGCCCUUUUUUCUUUUCAGAGGGCUUACACAAGAUACUGAUGCUGUAGGUGUGUUGGCCAACAUUGUUAGAAAAUAGAAGCCUGUUUACCUGUUUCUCGGUGAAUGGCCAUGUCUAAUAAAGGGAAACCAAGCGUCAGGGAAGCAGAGAUCGAAAAAUGUCGAGAAGAGGGAAAUUGGAAAAGAAUAAUCGACUUGGCUGAGCAAGUGAAGCAGAGAUCGCCUUCUUCAGAGCCACUGGCCACGUUCCUGAUCUCCGAGGCUCGACUGGAAGCCUACCUGGAGGAGAACCCUCCCACCGAGGCGAACCACGAGCGGGCGCGUGCCGAGCUGCGCGCCGUGCAGCGGCAGCUCACCUCCGCCGCGUCGGCCGAUCCCUCACAGAAGGUGGAUAUGACCAUCGACGCCCACCUGCUGCUCGGCAAACUGCACUACGCCAUGGGCCUGUACGAGGACGCGCUGCUCAACCUGUCCCGCGCCGGACUCGACACGCUCUCCAAGCGCCAGCUGCCGACGCGCAGUCUGCGGGUGGUGGCGGAGUCGUACGCCGUUAAGGGUCUCUGCCUGGAGAAGGUACCGCUCGCUAGCACUAGCAAGUUCAAGGCGGCUGAGCGCGAGGAGGCCAUCAUAUCGUCGUUUGAGUUGGCCAGUGACCUGGCGCUGCUGUAUCUCCAGGAGAUGGACCGGGCCGGCACCACGCAGAGCACAUGGAGCGUGCAUACGGCCGGGUCGUCCAGCUCGCCCCUUCCGCCGCCCUCCGAGAACCGGCUGGGCCUGAUCCUGGAGACGGCACUGCAGAAGGCGCCCAUCCUCAGCCUGAAGGUGGGACAGAUGCCGCGCGCCAUCCAGCGCUACCGCAUGAUGCUCAGCGCCGUCGAAACGUCCGCCACGCAGGGGGUACGUCUGGCGAUGGCACGUCGCCUCUCGGAGAUCCUACUGCGCGGCGUCAGUGACCGCGCCUACCACCAGCUGGACGCUGUGCUGGUCAGCGCGCAGAAGAAGAGCUCGGUCGGUGGCCGGCCGGCCGUGUCGCCCUGGAAGCCACGCCGUCAGGCGGGUACCAACCUGUUCGUCCCCAAAGACAUCAACGAGGAGAUAGUGCUGCUGCUGCUCAUCAGUGAGGCUCUAGCAGUCCGUGAGGCGGUGCUCACGCAGUCGCCGGAGACGCGCGAGGCGCGCCACAAGUCCUACGAAGUGGCUACCUCUGUGUACGACCUGAUGACGAUGGCGCUGGUCAGGAAGGGCCAGGCCGUCAUGCUCUGUGAGUCGCUGGAGCGCGCGCUGCGGUUCAGUUUCGAGGAGGCUCACGUCUGGCAGCAGUACGCCCUGUCGCUGGUGGCCGCCGGCCGGCCGGAGCGGGCUCUCCUCGUUCUGGAGGAGGCUGUGCGGCUGAACCCCGGUCAGACCGUGCUGCUCCUGCUGGCUGCCAGAACCUGCUACCAGCACCUGCAUCAGUACGAGGACGGCGUACGUUGGAGCGAGCAGGCCGCGCAGCAGGGUACCGGCCACGGCGGCAGCGGCUCCGUGGGCCUGGCUAGUCGCGCCCAUCUCUAUCUGGGUAUAGGACAGAUGCUGCUGUCUGCUCAGUCCCGGCAGCAGCAACAUAAACAGCGGCUGGCCGACUCGGCGGUCGACAACUUCAGACGAUGCCACGAGCUGGACCCGGGCGACCACCUGGCCUCGUUCUACCUGGGCUACCAGCUGGCCCGUGCACGUGAGGUGGACGAGGCGGUGACUCACGUGCGCACGGCGCUGCAGCGUCGGCCUGACCACCUGAGCUCACUGCACCUGCUGGCCCUGCUGCUGACUGCCGAGAACCGGCACACGGCCGCUCUGGAGCUUCUGCAGGCGGCUCAGGAGGAGUAUCCAGAGGACCUGCAGCUGAUGAACACGCGAGUCCAUGUGGAGGAGUUCUGCAACGGAACGGAGGCGGCGCUGGGCGUGGCGCGCGAGAUGCUGGAACAGUGGAAGGAGAUCUACGACGCCCGGCUAGCGGAGAACAGUGCCGACAACGACCGGCAGUACAGCGUUGUCUCUGAUCCCGACUCGGGCUCUGUGCGCGCUCCGUCCACCAUGGCUCCGUCCCGGGUGGAGCAGGCCCUCUCUGAGGUGGCCUCCUCUCUCAACUCGAGCCAGCCACGCUCGGGUCCGCAGCAGGUGUGGACGCUGCAGAUCCAGAUCUGGCUGCUCAGCGCCGAACUCUACCUCAAACUGGACCAGGUGAGCCAGGCCAUCUCAUGCGUCCAGGAGGCGUCCACCAUCGCUCCGGCCUCACACCACGUCCUCUACAUGAAAGGACUGGUGCACGAGUACAAGCACGAGUUUGAAGAGGCCAAACAGCACUACAGCGACGCGCUGGCCCUCAACCCGCACCACAUCAAGAGCCUGCAGCACAUUGGUCUGGUGCACCACUACCUGGGCAGCCACCGGCUGGCGGAGAAGAUGCUGCGUGAUGCCAUUCAGCUGGAGCCGCUGGUGCACCGCACCUGGUACAACCUGGGCAAGGUGCUAGAGUUUCUGGGCGAAAACGAGGCGGCUGCCGACUGUUUCAUGACCGCCGUUCACAUUGAGGCGUCGGCGCCCGUUCUACCGUUCACCACCGUACCGCUAUGCUUCGAGUGAGCGCCGCUAGAGGCGCCACUGUCGCCGCCGCUCCCCCCCCCCCCCGCCCUCCCGCCGCGUCUGCUGCUUUUAGUAGGUGCGAUUCGUGAUUUUGUCUCGUCAGUGGUGUGUGAUAUCAUGUUUGUUUUCCAUGUAAUUUUUUUUUUUAGGUUGGUGCCAAACUGGAUGCAGGCAAUAUUUGUUGAAUCGGUGAUAUAUUCUGGCAUCGGCUGGUGCUGGAUAUUUUAAGAGGUGAAUGCCUAUCGCCACUCCGUAAGCGUGUAGCUAUCGAUAUAGAGAGAGCAUCCAUCAAUAUGGAGCGUCACAAUUAGAGGAUCUAGGGGUCUCUUUUACUCGUAGCUCCAUGGGCCACUGUUAGCAAGUCCGCUUUUGUCAGCAGAGGUGCCAGGGCCCGUGCCCAGCGAAGACCGAUGUACUAGUCAGGUCGUGGUGGCCGAUCGUCGCUCUCUAGGUCAGUGCCGAUGGUCUGUGCCGUUACGUACGUAAAAAAACAUCCCACGACUGCCGUGCUGUUAUCUAUACCUGUGGUAUCUAUAUGUAUGUUCAAUAUAUUGUGUGUAUGGGAUUCA